GAGUGCAGUGUGUGUGAGUGUUUGUGAGUGAAUGUGUGUUAGGGAGCAUGCAGCAGUAAGGAAACAGUGUUGUGUGUGAGAGAGUGUGUGUGUGAGAGAGAGAGUGUGUGUGAGAGAGAGAGAGUGUGUGUGUGUGUGUGUGUGUGAGAGAGAGAGAGAGAGUGUGUGAGUGUGAGGAUACUUUUCCCCUUUCACCAGGUUGACUGUGGAUGUUGUUCCAUCUUCAGAUCCGAUUAGAAACAUGUUCACUUUUGGUUUCAACACGAGUGUUUGGUGAUGUAAUCAGGCGAAUCGAGGCAAGCGGCAGUCCUGAGAACAGCAGAGUGAUUCUGGUCAUACAGUUCUGGACAUACAUGUGGCAGUAAUUAGGGGCUGUACAAUGUGAGCCAUGCUCAAUUCAUGUCACUUCACCGAGGAAAGGAUGGUCAAGAGGGCUCCUCUCGAAGAACAUUCCAGAAGUAACAGGGGGCCAGAUGGAAGCUUAAGCAAAUCAUCUACUGCCGUGUGGAGAUGGACGCUCGUAGAUUUUCCAGUCGUUGAAAUGGGCUUUUGCAAAGAUGUGUGUGGCCAUGGUGAUCAUUCACACUAAAACGCUGGAAAAGAAGGUUGUCGACGAUGUAACCAACAAAGAAUUGACCUUGGACUUGCGUGAGCCGUCGACCAUGAGCCAGGGAACGGCCCUCUUCUCCUGUGGAAUCAUGGACUUGGUCAGCGUUGGCCAACGUCCUGUGGGAUCGAGUCUGGAGAGUUUGUUGGACUCUGGUGCGAGCAGCACCGGCUCCAUCAGCGGCCUUCUCCGGGACCUGAGCUUGAGCGAAGCGCCUUCUCCCAGCAAGCGACAGUGCCGAUCUCGGUCCUGCUCGGACGAGCUUAGCUGGCGUUCUCCGUGGCGUCCACAGGCCUCGCGCCUUUGGACAGCCGUCGAAAAACGACGCUGUCACAGUGGGGGUGCCAUUCAGCCCUCGUCUUCAUGUUCGUCCUCUUCCAUCUUCUCCAGCAUGCAGAGAAGCUCCAGUUUCAGCUUCCCCACACGGUGCAACCUUCCAGAGACGUCAUUUCCUCAGUCCUUUACAGCCACUCGUGACCAACUCUGCUAUUCUCACGAGAGGAUUUGCCUGGCUGAGAUUGACGCCCUCCCUGAGGCCGGUUCUCCAGACUCCGUGUCCGAUGCAGGAGGACUUGCACGGAGCCAGUCACAGCCUUGCGUAUUAAACGACCAGAAAGUUGGGAUGAAGCGUCGUCGACCGGAUGAACCCCACAAACAGAGGCCUUCGCUCGAUUUGGCUAAGAUGACUCAGGGGAAACUCCAUAUUUCUAGGAAUAUUCUCAGGAUUACGUCACCAGGAGAGACUCUACACGGAGUGUUCGUUAAUAUGAGCCCCCGGUAUCACAUGACUUCAAAACAGAAUUUCCAGAGCCUCAGUUGCCUGCGAUUUAACAACGAGGAUUGCUGUCAAUCAAACCAGACCCCGCCCUAUUUCUGCAGCCCCGCCCAGCAGAGCGAGACGGACAACUCGUCAGUCAUCGACGAAACCAACGGUGACUGGACCGGUGGGAAGGAGCGAGAGCCUCCCUGGGCGGAGCUAUGCGGGUUGAGGAGGGACGUGUUGGGUGGAGAACUCGACAUCGAGCAAAUCGAGAGAAAUUAAGACUCUUCUUGUUCGUUUCGGAGGACGUCAUUAUGUCCUCACCCUCCGUUCUGGCGUCCCUCCGCUUCCUGUAGCGAUGGUGCUGUGUGGAGUGGAGCAGGAGGGAGCUGAAGCGAGGGAUAAAAUAGGACUCAGGACAAACGGACGCUCACAUACGCCACUGUGGGACAUUAGGAUGACUCAGGUUGAAUCUUGAAAAAAAAAAAAAAUGGAUUCUGGGAUAUUGGGGUUCUGCUCACACUCUGUUGCAGAUAUUGUAGCUAUUUUCUUUUUUUUUUCUUCUUCUUUUUUUUCUUUUUUAAAGGAAGGAUGUAACGACGUCGUGCGUCCUGAGUCCAACCUGCCUGUCUGUGCUGAAUGAGGAGUGAACGGGGUGAAAAUAUAUAACUAUAUUUUUAAGGAUGUAUUCUUUUAUUUCUGCUCCGUUUAUCCGAAAGUACGCGGCAUAUCGAAGAAGGACGGAACGGAAAAAGGAAGGAUAAGGACGAGAGCCGACCCCCGUAAACAAAGGGGGACUUACUGAUGAACCUGCACUGGCAUUGAUGCACACAUUACAUGCACACACACACACACCACACACACCUUACACACGCACAGUGAAAAGCUUGGAAAGGGUUUCAGGUUUUAAUAACGUUGAAUGAUAAUUUCAAGCUAAUAGAGUUUAAUUCCUCUUUUUACAAAAUGUUACGUAAAUUGUACUUAUUUCUAUACGAAUAAACAGCGUUUAAAGUGUGUUUGUAAA